GUGGGCUCACCUUCCUGCAGCAGACUGCAGAGGUGAGGGAGUGGCCAUCACCUGCCACACUCUUUCCCAACCUGAGACACUGUGAGGCCCGCACUCCUCGUGUGGAAUAACACUUUCUGUCAGGCUGUACACCUUGGAGGAAUCCAGCUAUAAUCAGGAUGUUGUGGACAUGAUGGUGACAACCCAACUGUGACAAUGUACGAGGUGAUGUCCGGUGACACCCUGUCCUGGAAGGUGCUCAGUCCCAGGCAAAGCACCGUCGAGCCCAGCCCCGAGUCGCUCAUCACGGGGGACGGAGGACCCAUCAAGAUCCUCAAAGUUUGCUUCUGCACCAACAACAACCUGGGCAAGAACUUCAAGCUGGUGAAAUGUGACAGCUCCUGGCAAGUUAGGGCGAUCAUUCGUUCGAUUCUGGUGAGCGGCCGUCUGGGUCCCAACAUCACUCACACAGCUUGUUACGGCCUCCUGCUGAAACACUUGAAGUCUGAGGAACUUCACUGGCUGCAUCCCGAUCUGACUGUUGGGGAAGUGGAGCAGCGCUACGAGAGCAAUCAUGUGGAGGCAGAGUGGAGGUAUGACCUUCGAAUCAGAUACGUUCCUGUUAAUUUCCUGGAAAAAUUCGAAGAUGAGAGAUCUACUUUGAUGUUUUUUUACCAACAGGUGCGUAGUGACUAUAUGCAGUAUCAUGCCAGUAAAGUCAGCGAUGGGAUGGCUCUGCAACUCGGCUGUUUGGAGAUCAGGAGGUUCUAUAAAGACAUGAAUGCAAAAGGUCUAGAAAAGAAGUCGAACUUUGAGCUGCUAGAAAAAGAAGUGGGCCUGGACCUGUUCUUUCCUCAACAGCUGAUUAACAGCAUGAAGUCAAAGCAGCUACGGAAGCUUAUCCAGCAAACGUUUCAGCAGUUCGCGACCCUCAAGGAGGACGACUGCGUGGUCAAGUUUUUCGAGACCCUCAAGGAAUUCGUCAGCUAUGACGAAGAGGUCUUCCCAUGUGAACUAGUGCAAGGUUGGAGUCUGUCAGUGGAGCUGGUCGUCGGUGGGAGAGGAAUUCGCCAGCGCACACAGAAGGAUUCAGCGGCCGUGUUUCUUGCCGACUUCAAACAGAUCAAGUCGGUACAAUGUUUACCUCAGGGCGACGGCAAAGCUCUCCUGAACUUCAACAUAGAGGGCGCCAGACAGCGUCUAUCGAUCAACGUGCCCACGGUCCCUAUGGCAGAGAACAUGAUUGACCUUAUUGAUGGGUACUGCCGAUUGGAGAAUGACACAGAUGAAACUGUUAUCUCCCGACCAGGAAAAGAGGCUAAUGCAGAUCCCCUGCCUGAGAUUCCUACAAGCAGAGACAACAGCAACAGCUCGGCGAGAUACAGUAUGGGGUCGGAUAUCUACUGUGAGAUCCUCGAUGAAAGGCCAAAAUCAGUGGUGAAGUAUGGGAUUGACCGAAAUGACAUCGUUCUCGGCCGGAUUCUCGGUGAGGGUUUUUUCGGGGAAGUCUACGAUGGAGUUUACAAGAAGAAUAAUGUAGAGAGGAUCAAUGUUGCAGUGAAAACCUGCAAAGACUGUUCGCCUGACGUGAUGGAGAAGUUCAUGAGCGAAGCAGUAAUAAUGAAGAGCCUGGAACAUCCUCACAUCGUCAAACUGAUCGGGAUCAUCGAGGAGGAUCCUGUGUGGAUCGUCAUGGAGCUUUAUGAGUACGGAGAGCUGGGAAACUACCUGACUCAGAACGAGAAGACGCUGACCAACAUGACGCUGGUGCUGUUCAGUCUGCAGAUCUGCAAAGCCCUGGUCUACCUCUCCGGGGUCAACGUGGUUCACAGGGACAUUGCAGUCAGGAACGUGUUGGUUGCCAGUCAAGCCUGUGUGAAGCUCGGAGACUUUGGUCUGUCGAGGUACAUCGAGGAUGAAGAAUAUUACAAAGCGUCUGUUACUCGGUUGCCCAUAAAGUGGAUGGCUCCAGAGUCCAUCAACUUCAGACGCUUCACCACAGCCAGUGAUGUCUGGAUGUUUGCCGUGUGUGUGUGGGAGGUAAUGAGUCGCGGGCAGCAGCCAUUUUUCUGGCUGGAGAACAGAGACGUGAUCAACCAACUGGAGCAGGGCAUCAGGCUGCCCAAACCGGACAACUGCCCCCCGGCCCUCUACUCCCUCAUGACCCGCUGCUGGUCCUACGACCCCAGAGAGAGACCCACCUUCACCGAGCUGGUCGUCAAGAUCAGCGAUGUCCACAAGAUGGAGAAGGAGCAGGAAGUGGAGAGAGAGAGGGACCGAGCACGCUCCACGAAAUAUUUUGACCCCAAGUUCACGUUAAAUGAGCCUCCACCCAAGCCUACGAGAAUGAAACCAUCGCGGUUUGGGAACACGCUCAGUAUCGGGCUGCACAUUCAGCUGAAUGAGGCUUUAUGUGCCAGCUCACCUGAUCUGGCGAGUCCGUGUGAAUAUCAGACCCCCGUCGACUCCAUGAACAUGCUGACGCUGCCGGCCCGGUCCCCUCGCCGUCGCAGCAUGGGGGAGAACGAGUUUCCCCGGGUGGAACCAAACAGCAGGGAGGACGCCCAGCGCCUGUGGCAGAGGGAGAAGAGGAACAUGCACGACACCCUCCGCCUACAGAAAGCGCAGAUGAUGGAGGAUGAAAUGUGGCUGCAGCAGGAAGAGAAACUCCUGGUGGGAAACAGAGCAUCAUUAACUUGUGUCAACCCCCUCUCUGUGUCUCUGUACCCCCCCGCUCCAGAAAUCAACGUGGCCCUGGAGGCCACGCUGAACGUGGUCUCGUUAAACGAUACCAACCUGCUCGUUCCCUCUCGACACCCCGCUAGUUUUGAAUUUAAUGUCACUCUGAUAAGAGUUCCACAGAGAAGGUCCACGUCCAUAAUCUAUAAAAUGAACCUGCCUGUUCUUUUGCAGGACCCCAUGGGACCAGAUGAUCCCACCAGGCCAGAGUCUCGAGAAGAUGACACAUCAAAUGCUCCGCCAGACAAGCCCCCACGGCUCACAGCGCAGCCUACGCCCACAGCUGAACUGGACCGCUCUGAUGACAAAGUGUAUAAAUCCGUCAUGGACGUGGUCAAAGUUGUCGUUCAGCUAAAGAAUGACAUCACUGAACUGCAGUCAGAUGAUUACAUCAACAUCGUCAAGUCUGCAGGGAUGGCUUUACGAGAUCUGAUUCGCAGUGUGGAUGACAUACUGCCCACCCUACACGAGUCUAUCAGGACUGAGAUCGAGGGCACCCAGAAGCUGCUGAACAACGACAUGGCGGAGCUGAUCAGUAAGAUGCGUCUGGCCCAGCAGAACGCCAUCACCUCUUUGAAGGAGGAGUGUAAGAAACAGCUGCUGGCUGCGGCGCACACUCUGGCUAUGGACAGCAAGAACUUGUUGGAUGCCGUGGACCAGGCGAGGGUCAGGGCCAACGUAGCCAAGCCAGUGGUCCCCUAGUGGACUGUAAAACCUUCUGGUUAAGUUGAAAUCAGACUCUCUCUCUUACGAGUCAGACAUUUGCACACAGCUGGACAUUUCCUUUGGGAUGAAAUCUGCCUCUUGCAGCCUCUGGUCCCCUCAUUCAUCAUCCUGUAAAUGUAUGUUGUUAAAUUUGAAUGUAUAGUGGUAGAACUCGGGCUAACUUUGAGUGUGUAUACUGGAAUGGGGGAUUUAUAGGGUAGUCUACAGAUAUCAGGCACUGUAUUUAGAAUACUGUCAGUUCUGACAAACUUCCUUUUAUGUGAACUAUUAUCGUUUGUGUCUGGUGAGUUAUUGAUUUAAUUGCUCGCUGGGAAAUUGAAACUUCCUUGUAAAUAUAAAACGCGUCUUCUGAUAAAUACUGUAGUUUUUACUGCGGCGGGAAAAAAAUUAAACUCAAGUUAAUGUUUGUCUUUUAAAGCUGUCGAUAGUUAUGUGUGUGAAGAGUAAAGAUGAUAAAAACGAAAA